AUGGGAGGAAUCAGUCAUAGGAGGUUGCAGUGUAGAGCGGCAGCGAGGAUUAGUGCGCUCGCGAGAGCACGGAGGAAAGCUGAGAGUCUAGCCGCAGAAGAAUUACUUGAUCAUCAUGAUCAAGGCGGACAGAAUAGAGGAGCUAUUCAGAGGGGGGAUAACGUGGGGCAGCAGUUGGAGGUAGAUCUUGAACAGCGCCGGGCGGCACUCGAAGAGCGUGGACAACAGUUGGAGGUAAACCGCAGACAACUCGAAGCAACCCAACCGCUAAGAAAUGAGAUUAUUGUCGAGCCUGAAGUUAAGAUGGAGUUUAAGUUGGAGGACGAUAUCGAGUUACCAGAAGUCAAAGAGGACUUGGAGGACAAGACUGAGUUCGACAUUGAACCUGAGUUUGGAAUAAAGUCUGAGUUUGAAAUCAAGGUUGAGUUCGAGAUCAAGUCUGAACUCGAAAUCAAGACUGAGCCUGGAAUCAAGACUGAACACGAAAUCAAGACUGAACACAAAAUCAAGACAGAAACGGAAUUCAAACCCGAGCUCGAUAUCAAGAUGGAGGAUGUGGAGAUGAAAGAAGAGUAUCUAAAGAUGGAGAAUGAUCUUAAGAUGGAGGGUGUUCAGAUGGGGGAUGCUCAGAUGGGGUGGGCGGUCGUGGUUAAAGAAGAAUUUGUUAAGCUGGAAGGUGCCUCGUGGAGCCACGUACCUUACUGCCGCUACUAA